GUAUUUCUUCACGUAUUAUACUACUAAGACAUAACGUCUAUUGACUUAAACCUGAACGAUCAUCAAAAUUUUCCACCUUAUUUACGACAGUAACAUUAGUGUAAAUUCAAAAUACUCGCUAUUCUAUAAAAGGCAAUCAUGAGCAUAAAGGAAUUUUACACCGGAUGUGAUAUUUUCAUAACUGGCGGGACCGGAUUCAUGGGAAAAGUUUUGAUUGAAAAACUACUGCGAUCAUGUCCGGGCAUUAGAAACAUAUACGUUUUGAUAAGACAUCGCAAAGAUAAAUGUAUAACUGCCAGAAUCGAAGACAUGUUGGCGUUACCGCUGUUCGAUAAGAUUAGAACGGAGUAUCCCGGUGUCGCAGAAAAUAAAAUAAAACCUAUAAUUGGAGAUUUGAGCGAAAUCCAUCUGGGGAUGAGUGAUGAAAAUUACGAUAUGUUGGUUCGUAAUGUUUCAAUUGUUUUUCACGUUGCUGCAACCGUUCGGUUUGACGAGCCUAUUCGAGAAGCGAUUAUCAAAAAUGUAAGAGGAACACGAGAAGUCGUCAGAUUAUCUAAACAAAUGAAGAACCUCAUUGUAUUUUUACACGUAUCAACGACCUACUGCAAUUGUAACAGAAUUUAUGUGGAAGAAAAAGUGUACGAAUCGCCGAUCAGUUGGCAGGAUGCAAUUUUGAUUGCAGAAAAUUUAGAUCCCAAAUUAUCUGAAAUUUGCACGAAACACUUUCUAGGAUCAUUUCCGAACACGUACACAUUUACAAAAUUAUUUGCCGAGCAAAUAAUCAGCGAAAAAUCGGACAGGUCGGAUCAUAACAAUAAUAUGCCAAUGGUCAUAUUCAGACCGUCGAUAGUACUAUCUUCGGCCGCCGAGCCCGUAGUUGGGUGGAUAGAUAAUCUUAAUGGACCGAUCGGCCUCAUGGUGGCGUGUGGGAAAGGCGUAUCGCUGGUCACGCUGGCUCAUAAAGAUUCAACUCCAGACUUUAUGCCCGUCGACUUGUCCAUCAAGGCGAUGAUACUGGCCGCUUAUCACCGUGGCACACACAACUCGUCAGCGGACAGCCCACUCACCGUGUAUAAUUCGUCAUCGGUCAAGAAGUCAAUUACUAACAACCAAAUAUUACAAUACGGCGUAAAGUAUUUAAUGUCGCAUCCGUUUGAUGAUAUUUUAUGGAGGCCGAGAUUUUUUAUCACGUCUUCCAAGAUACUUUAUAAGUAUCUCACUAUUAUUCAACAACUUUUACCAGCUAUACUUAUUGAUUUCGUAUUGAGGACUACUGGUAUAGAACAAAAGGUUAACUUGGUAAGAUUGCAGCAAAAAAUAUAUUUAGCAACAAUAGCGUUGUCAACUUUCACUUUACAAACAUGGACGUUUGUAAAUACAAAUUUCUUACGUCUACUUACAUACAUUCCGGACGACGAAAAAGAAGAUUUUGAUUUCAACUUCGAAAAUAUCAAUACAGAAGAUAUUUUCAAAAAUUGUCUUAUUGGGACGCAAAAAUAUUUAUUCAAUACUAAUCCCAAAAAAAUAAAGCAAGCAAAAAAUAAAUUGAAAAAAUUAGUUUGGAUCGAUCGAGUUUUAAUAACACUAUUUUUUGUAUUUAUUGCAUGGUGUUUAUAUUUAAUUACACCCUUUAGAUUUUGAAUACAAAAUAUUUAAGUUAAUUUUUAAUAUAGUUUUUAAGUCAGACUAUCUUAUGCAGUC